AUGGGCAUGAGCAAGUUCACGCUGGGGCGCCCCGAGUUCCAUCCACCGCCUCCACCUUCUGCCCCGCGCCGGUUGUCAGCACGACUGUCGCCACCUUCCAUCGUCGCGCGGCCCUUGCGGCGGCGCCCGAGCCCGCACGGGCCCCACCGGGGACCUGGGCAUGCCGGUGGAGGCGAGGCGGGCACAGAAGGCGAGGACGACGGCUUCGGGGAAGCAGGGUAUGCUGCCAUCAACUCCAUGUUGGACCAGGUCAACUCUUGUCUGGAUGACCUAGAGGAGAAGGACGAGCACCUCCAAGCCCGCCUCCAGGAGCUGCUUGAAUCCAACUGGCAGACGCACCUUGAGUUCCAGCAAGAGCUUGGGGAGGCCCCCCGCGAUGCAAGCCCCUCGGCUCUGGGAGCCCCCAGCCAGGCCCCAACCCUGCCUCACUGGGCCAGGCUCUGGCCUGAGUGCUCACCACCUGGCUUAGAUACCUUCUCAGGGGCUGGUCUACAGAUCUCCUGCGGGGGGGUCUGCUGCCUAGGCCACCCUUCUGCUACUUCCCUUGGCAUGCCUGGGCCCACCCCUCCUCCAGGCAUCCUCUCCUGGGGCCAGGUGUAGGCCAGCGACCCACCCACCUUGCCUGCCCGCGCAACUCCUGGACACUCCCCACGCUGCCCAGGCCUUGAGUGUCCACAUUAAAUGGGUCUCCAA